AUGAACGCCUACCUCCUUAACCGCCAACUGGGUUCCAUCAGUCCUCAAAGCCUUGCCGAUGCGCAGAACAAUCGCCUGUUGCGCGCGUUGCAGCUCGCGCCAGGCGUCAAAUUCGCCUUGUCGGGUGGAAGUCGCGUGAAUAAUAACGCGCAAGACGUCUCCUCCAACGAUGUGGAGAAUGACGCGCAUUCUGCCGGUGUGAGCAGUCUCGUUGUCGACCCUUUCGAGGGACGAUAUCUUCUUUCUGCAGGAGCCGACUCGUCUGUUGCGAUAUGGGACCUGGAAAGCAAUGACUUCGAAUCAACGCCUUCGACUCUCAAUACACCCACUGGCUACGCUGUAAGAACAUCGACAAAAGCAGCACUCGGAAUCACCCACAUCGGCUUCUACCCCUUCGACUCCCUGGCCUUCCUGACAAGCGGCUACGAUCAUACGCUCAAACUCUUCUCCUCCGAAACCCUCCAGGCCUCCGCAUCUUUCGACCUCGACUCGAUCGUCUACUCACAUUCCGUCUCCUCCAUCGCCUCGCACCUUCUCGUGGCCUGCGCCUCCCAACACCCCGCCGUGCGACUCGUGGACCUCCGGUCAGGAGCAAGCACGCAUUCCCUCGCUGGCCAUUCUGGCUCCGUCCUCGCCGUGGUUUGGCAUCCCAAGGAUGAAAAUAUUCUUGCCAGUGGCGCUACGGACGGCUGUCUUCGCCUCUGGGAUGUCCGUCGUAGUGCCAGUAGCCUUGGAGUUCUGGACAUGGAGGAUAGCAUUGGGAUUACUGGGUAUGAUGGGCGCGGCACGGGCGCGAGGCGGAGAGAGCGGGGCAGAGCGCAUAAUGGCGCGGUCAACGGAAUCGCAUGGACGGACAAUGGGCAGUAUCUCGUGUCUGUGGGCCAUGACGAAAGGAUGCGGGUGUGGGAUAUGAUGACUGGCGCCAAUACCCUCGCGAAUUUCGGGCCGGGCUUGAAGAAUGCGCAUACGACUGCUCUGUUUCCGCUCUUGGCGCCGAGUCAUCUCUCCCCCGCUGGGCAGGAGGUGGUGUAUUACCCCAAUCCGCGGGAGGUUCUAAGCUUUGAUCUGCAUUCCGGAACGUCACUGGGUCGUCUACGCACACCUGGACCGCAAAGCACAGCCAUGUCGGGUUUUGGAGCUCGGAAUGUAAAGGCGCGCACCACUUCGCUGGCUUGGCGGGCCCAUGACAUUGAAAUGUAUUCCGGGCAUGGAGACGGAAGCAUUAGAUGUUGGAAGCCACGGACGUGGGAAGACGCGGAGGUGGAGAAGGAGGAGAAGGAAGAGGAUGGUAGCGCGGACAAGGAAGAGGAGAGGAAACGGAAGAGAGAGGAGUUGGACGAGAUUGUGCGAGAUUUGACCAAGAAGAAGACCACGUUUACGUAG